AUGAGCUCUCAGGCAGUGGCUGGCCCGCACCACAUCAAUCGCAGCUCAGAUGCAGCUCCGACAGCCGACAGGGCGUGUCUAGUGGACCUGAUCCUGAACGCUGUAGCUCUGAAUGGCAUUUUGGAUAUCGACGAGUUCCUUUUCGAGGCGAUGGUGCCCACAAAGAUUCAACUCGCGAUCCAGAAGCUUCAGCCAAUUCAGCUGAUCUACGGGCGAGGGAAGAGCCAGGUAGAAUCAGCUUUCAACUUCUCCGCAUUGCUUCUGAUGCUGCUGGUACCAUACCUCGUUCUGGUGCUACCCCUUACGCAGCGAAUGCUGGAGGUGAAGAGGGAGAUGUGCUUUGGCAUUCAGAACUUCGUCGUCGCUUACAAUUCCGAUGUUGGAAUGGCUUACGGACUCAUCACGGCCGAGAAACGGAACCAAAGCAAUCCAACGUUGGCCGAGGUGGCCGUGGACAACUACAAGUUCAAACUGGAUGGGCCUUGGAAGCAGGUGGACGAUGAACUCCCUCCUUCACCUGACUACAUGCAGAUUGGCUUGUACACCCAGGAGUUCGAGUUCGGCCGGAUCCGGAAAAUGGCUGAGGAGGCGCAGUACUUCCCAGUGUGCUGGGAGAAAGACGUUGAGCCGGAUGGGUCAGAGAACGCCUCCAUCUUGUCUGCUUUUGCGCACAGCCGAAUGAAGGCCGCCGCCUUCAAUCUCGGCAUCACCGCCACCACGUGCGCAGAGCUGAGCUACGACUGCUACACCCCGGAGGCGCGCAUGGUCCGGCUCAUGUGUGGGCAGACGUGUGGCUGCACGGAUCCGAUGUCGUCUCCCUGGUACAAGCAAAGAGCAGAGGGCUGCGCUGAGAUGUGUCUCUCGGAGCGGCAUCAGCUCAUGAAGGCAUUGCCUUGUCAAGAUUUUCCCCAAGCCGGUGCGCAAGCGAGCUGGAAUCACUUCUGGGACAAUUACCAGCUGGCCAUAACCGCAUACUUUGGGCAGGAUCGGAUUCAGUACGCCAGCCCGGGCUUUGCUACAGCAGCGUCUAUCCAAGCGGGCGGCUGCGAUCAGCUGCGACUCCAUCGAACUGACUCGAUCACAGGCGAGGUCUGGUGUUUGGGUGCCGCAGACUUGUUCGGCCCGCUUGCCUACCUCUGCCCAGAAUCCUGUGGCUGCCGAAAUGUGACCAGUGGGUCCCCAAUGGCGUAUUAUUGCCCGAACAGCUGCCUUGCUUAG